GCAGUAUUCCUAAAAAAAUUUUUUACUAUGGGCCUGCACGUUUUCUGGCCUGCCACGGCCUGCCUGACUCUCUUCGUAGUUUGCGUUAUAAUCGUGCUGCUGAAAUAUGGCACACGUCUUUGCCACUUACGACACGAGCCGUUGCCGUCCGAUCAAGAAUGGGAGGGCAAAGCGUACUCGAGAAAACUAUCUGUCUCCAUGGCGUGAGAACAGAUCAGCACUGUCCCGAAAAUGUAUCCGUACAUUUGUUUUCAUUUAAAAAAUGUAAAACUCCCGAUUAUAUACACUACUUUUGCUGACGUAAAUCGAACGUAAACAACUUCCAAACUAUUUAUAUUGCUUUUUUUGGCCUUUUUGGGACAUCUCGUAUAUUGACACAAUAUUGCAUAGAUACAAUGUUGGUCGUGUAAGGUUGAAUGAUCUGACAUUCCGUCCAUUUAUUAUAUAUUCGUACUAAUAUAUUUUUUUUUAUAUUAACAUAGACAUGUGUGUUUCCCUUUUCGGAAAUUAGUGCAAUUCUUAAAGAACUUUUAUGAAAUGGAAUUUAUAGCAAGACAUUGUUGAAAAAGAAUGACUAAUUAUACGUCCGUCCAUUUUUUAUAUUUUUAAAUAUACUUUUGUUCGAAACAAUUUUUUAAUAUGAUAUCGAUAAUCGAGCACUUUUGUAAUUUUUGUAUAUCGACAUAAAUUUUACGAAUAAAAAAUAAAAAUAUAUGUCAUAAA